AUGUCGAUAGAGAAGAAACAACAGGAGUCAUUGACGCCAGUGCCGUCGAAUCUCGGUCAGGUCGAGGAAGGCUCGCAUGAUGCCGUCUUUGGUGAAAUCACGAGUGAUGGCCCGAACUAUCGAAGCGUAGGAUGGCUGGGCACGGCCGUGCUGAUGAUGAAAACCCAAAUUGGUCUCGGUGUCCUUUCAAUCCCCACGGCCUUCGAUUCCCUAGGGGUGGUUCCCGGCGUGAUUGUUCUCUGCACCAUUGCUGCCAUUACAACAUGGUCAGACUACAUUAUCGGUGUCUUCAAGCUGAGGCAUCGUGAGGUCUACGGCAUUGACGAUGUCGGUGAGCUGCUUUGCGGCAAACUCGGCCGAAUCGUUCUGGGAGGUGCCUUUAUUCUCUGGUGGGUCUUCGUCGCUGGCUCUGGUAUGCUCGGUAUCUCCAUCGGUCUGAACGCCGUCUCCUCCCACGCCACUUGCACCGCCGUCUACGUCGCCAUUGCCGCCAUCGUCGCAUUCCUGUUUGGCAGUAUUCGGACAUUAGGACGGAUAUCGUGGCUCGCGUGGAUUGGUCUCUUCUGUAUUCUUACGUCGAUUCUUAUUGUGACCAUCGCCGUCGGUAUCCAAGACCGUCCCGCGGCUGCGCCCAAAGAUGCCGUCUGGGUUCCCAAUUACAAGAUUGUGAAGAGCGAUGCCACAUUCACCGAAGCUAUCACCGCGGUCACGACAAUCGUCUUCGCCUACGCCGGCACCCCGGCCUUCUUCUCCAUCGCAUCCGAGAUGCGGGACCCUACCCAUUACAACCGUGCCUUGGUCCUCUGCCAGUCAGUGGUGACCGUAUUCUACCUCGCGAUUGGCAUUGUCAUCUACUACUUCUGUGGCUCCUAUGUCUCCUCUCCCGCCCUCGGCUCGGCUGGCCCGACCGUGAAGAUAGUGAGCUAUGGCUUCGCGCUUCCUGGCUUGAUUGUUAGCACCUUGCUUUUUGUCCACAUCACGGCCAAGUACGUUUUCAUCCGCCUCCUCCACGGCUCCCGGCAUUUGGUAGCAAACACCGUCACCCACUGGAGCGUGUGGAUUGGAUGUACACUCGGCACCACAUUAGUCGCCUAUAUCAUUGCCAGCGCUAUUCCCGUAUUCAGUGAUCUUGUCUCACUCGUUGGCGCCUUGCUUGGUACACCUAUGUGCUUCCAGCCGAUGGCCGGCAUGUGGCUGUUCGACAACUGGAGCAAGGGCAAAGACCACCGAACUACCAAGUGGAUGUUCAUGGUCGGUUGGUGUGUUUUCAUUAUAAUUGCUGGAACUUUUUUGAUGAUCGGAGGUACAUACGGGUCUGUUGUCACGAUUAUGGAUACUUACAAAGAGUCUGGAGGGUCGGCUGCCUGGUCUUGCGCCGACAACAGCUCGUAG